AUGGCCGAUGCUACGCAAGGGAUUUCGCGUGGCAUGCGGCGGCCGCGAAAAUCCCGAGGCCGUGGAUUGCGGGCCACCACUGGCUGCUUGGUGUGCAAGAAGCGUCAUGUCAAGUGCGAUGAAGCUCGUCCCCAAUGCGGUCCGUGUGCCAAAGGUAAACGCGAUUGUGUCUAUGGUACCACCAUAGCUCAGCCCCAACCCUCCAAUUCGGGGCCAGCUGUCGAACCUGUCCUCGCCUCCCAUGAACUGUCCUCCAUCGCGCCCCCACGCCCUCUGCCGCACUCCGCCUCCAUCGAAGCAUCCCCGGGCGUCUCGACAAGCCACACCCUGACCCCGGCCUUCGCACCUCUUCCGAAUACCCAUCUUACGUCUCCGACAUCUACCCACGAUCUAGCGCCCUCGCCUGCAACCGACUCCUCCGUCUCUUCGCGACUGGCGCCUCUCAGCUGGUUCGAGCUUCUGGCCAACGAUGCGGUCAACGCAGAUCGAAGUCUGGUCCUGUCUCCGGCCCCGGGGGACUCGUACCGACGGGAAGACCAUUCUACAGGAACGAUCUCUCUGAGUAACUUCCUUCCACGGUCCCGCAGGGAAUGUGAAAGCUUCCAAGCGGCGGCUUUCAAGCGCGAUCCAGAGCUCGAGCAUCGGUUGCCCACAUCAGCCACCGACAAACAGCCGGCUCGCCUCGAUCACCCUUCGUCAUGGACAACUCCGGCCCCGAUAGAGCUGACGGAAUUGGAGCAUCUGUUCUUUGACCACUUUGUGCGGCAUAUGAGCUGCUGGUUUGACUUUACCGACCCUGGGAACCACAUCGAAUCGACAGUCCCCCAACUCGCCGUAAGGAAUCUGGGUCUCAUGAAAGCCCUUCUGGCUCUCUCGGCCCGCCACCUGUUUAUCUGGCAUGCGGAGAAAGAUCGAGGACGAGGCGCGGGAUUUGUCGCCGCUGGGUCGUCUGGCCGUUUCGCCGAACCUCCCGAGGUGGAUCCCAACCUCGCCGUCCAAUACUACUACGAAACCCUGAAUUAUUUGAAUAAAGCGAUGCAGUAUCCCAGUUAUGCAUCGAGUCGGGAGCUCAUAGCCACCGCCUUGCUGAUCAGCACUUAUGAGAUGGUCGAUGGGUCGAACAGUGACUGGGAGCGACAUUUGAAGGGCGUGUUCUGGAUCCAGAGGUUUCAGAACAACCACGGCGAUUGUGGUGGCCUCCGCCAAGCGGUAUGGUGGAGCUGGUUGCGCCAGGAUGCCUGGGUUGCCAUGCGCCAACGGCGGCGUCUGUUCAGUUUCUGGACACCCCAGCGGCCCCUUUCUUCCCGGAACGCCCCGGAGCUAGCUUGCUUCGCAUCAUAUCUGCUUGCCCAAUGCAUCAAUUACGCCUCGCACGAGGAAUCCGCGUGCAAAGACAUCCAGCGCCGGCUGGAAAGAGGUAACGAGCUGCUCUGUAUGCUGCAGGAGUGGCAGGAUCAUUUGCCGGUGGAAUUCACCCCCCUCCCCACUGUACAGUAUACGGAUGUCUUCCCACCCAUCUGGGUCCAUCCUCCCCCGUAUGCAGCCGCUCUUCAGGUGCACAGUCUCGCUAGGAUCCUGGUCAUCUCUCAUCGUCCUUCGACCGGGCUUGUCCAAGACUACCAAGCAGCACAGCAAAUGCUCACAAUCGCGGUGAACACCAUCUGCGGUAUUGCGCGGACCGUAGCGGAGGACGAACUAGCCGGGGCCAUGACAGCGCUGCAAUGUUUAUUCGGGGCGGGAAUGAGUGUACACACUCCUCAGGAGCGAGCCGCACUCCUCCAGUUAAUCGAUAGGUUCGAACGCCUAGUGUGCUGGCCCAGCUAUUCUCUGCGGGAGACCCUCGAGGCGGAGUAUGCCAAAGAGGGCCUGGCGGGAUUUGCGGGGGUUAAAAGGCCGGGUUGGCCCUCGGCAAUCUCCUCAAACAAUCAUUGAGGCCGAUUUUCGGCUAAACCCACAUCCCCACAUCGCCUACAAAUGCCAAAUGGAGACGCGCCGUCAUACCAAAGGAAGGCCCAUCACGCCCCAGGACGCUAGAAAUGAGCGCAGUUUUGGGCACGCCGAGCCACCCCCAGGGUUUUGCCGUGCGCUUUGACACUGUGACGAUGCAGGCGUUGCCUGAGCGUCGAGGCGGUUGUCCCCGGACCGAU